AUGUUCGAACAGAAUUCACGUGGUUCAGAAGCUAAAAAGGAGGCAUUACAAAAUUUGACUAAUUCAGAAAAUGAAGCCAAAUCUGAAAUUCACGCAAUACGUAAUGAAAAUUAUACCCUUAAAAUACGACUACGACAACAACUGGUUGAAUCACAAGAACCAAUCAAACAGUUGAAGAAGCAACAUGAAAUUGAUAUGGCACAUAUAAGACAAGAUUUUACUCAGCAAAGAAAAGAGUUAGAAAUAAAAGCUGAAAAACAAAUGGCAAUAUUACGUAAAGAAAUUGAUACUCAAUGUCGUGUUGAAGUGCACAAGACAGAAGAACAUAAAAAUAUGCAUAUACAAAAUUUAGAAAUGAAUCAUGAACAAGCAUUUGCCAAUAUGAAAGCGUAUUACAAUGACGUAACUCUAGGUAAUGUUAGUGUCAUUAAAACACUGCGUGAGAAUAUAGAUCAACUCCGUUGUCGGUUAUCCCGUGUUCAACAUCUGCUUGAUGAAAGUUAUGCUGAAUUAAAUCGAACGAAGGAGGAAUUUGCUAAAAAAGAUAAAGAAAAUGUGCAUUUACGUCAAAUUGAACGCUUAUAUCAAAUCGAAAAAAGUGCUCAUAUUUUAACUAAAAAUAAUGCUAAGAAAACAUUGAAAUCAAUGAAGAAUCUAGAAGAUAAUUAUGAUUUAUUGAAAGUGAGAUAUGAAGCUCUAGAAAAAAUGCGUGAUAAUUUAGCACAAACAUUUGAGAAACUUCUACUUGAUGUACAACAACGUAUAGGAUUAAAAAGUUUACUAGUUGAAAGAAAAAUGCGAUAUUUAGCAGAAAUAUUAGAAACACGUGAAGCUCAAGUUGCUCAACUUGUAAUGGCGCUUAAAAGUGAUCCAGCAUCAGUUGAAAAAGCUAAACAACAUUUAGAACUAUUGGCUGUUUAA